AAACCACGUCAUGACCCGUUGUAUAAGGAAUUAACCACCCAAGGGGGUAACUUGAGAACAAAAGCUAGAGGUGCUAAAAAAGUUGAAAGAGAUGAAGAAGCUGCUGAGGAUUAUAUUGAUAGUACAAGUUCAAGAAAGAUUUUGCAAUUAGCCAAAGAACAACAAGAUGAAGUUGAAAAGGAAGAAAAUAGAGAGUUAAAAGCUCAAAACAAUUUCUCCUUUGGAUCAAGAUAUAUAGAGCAAGAUGAUGAAGAAGAAGAGGAAGAUGAAGAAAAUUAUGAAAACAUCUCUGACUUUGGUUCAGAUGUCGAAUAUGAUGAAUUUGAAGUCGAAGAAGAAGUUGACGAAAGAGAUGCUGCGUUAUUUGAAAUGUUUUUGAAUAAACAAGGUAGAAGUGCAGAAACUCAAGCUUUUAACUUGGGUGAUAAAAUUAUGGCCACUCUUAAAGCCAAAGAACAAGAACAUGAAGAAGAAGAACAAGAAAAAACCAUUGAAAGACCAAAAGAUGCUGUUUUGUUACCACCAAAAGUCAUCGCUGCAUAUACACAAGUUGGACAAAUUCUAUCGACUUGGACACAUGGUAAAUUGCCAAAAUUAUUCAAAGUUAUUCCAUCAUUGAACAACUGGCAAGAUGUGUUGUAUGUUACAAAUCCACCAGAAUGGACACCUCAUGUUGUUUAUGAAGCUACUAAAUUAUUUGUUUCUAAUUUACAAUCCAAACAAGCUGAAAGAUUUGUUGAAGAUGUCUUAUUAGAGAGAUUUAGAUCAGAUAUUAAAGAAAGUGAAACACAUUCAUUAAAUUACCAUAUUUACAGAGCUUUGAAAAAAUCAUUAUAUAAACCAGGUGCCUUCUUCAAAGGGUUUUUAUUCCCAUUGGUUGAAACUGGUUGUAGUGUUAGGGAAGCUACUAUUGCUGGUUCUGUCUUGUCAAAAGUUUCAAUUCCACCAUUACAUUCAUCAGUGGCUUUGAAUUAUUUAUUAAACAUGGAUUUCUCACCACCAACAACUGUUUUCAUUAGAAUAUUGAUAGAGAAAAAAUAUGCCUUACCUUAUCAAAUCAUUGAUAACUGUGUUUUUUACUUUAUGAAAUUUAGACUAAUAACAGAUACUUCAAUGAUGGAUGAAGCUGAAGAAAGAGAUGCUAAGAAGCAACCACUAUUACCUGUUGUGUGGCAUAAAGCCUUUUUAGCGUUUGCUCAAAGAUAUAAAAAUGAUAUAACAGAUGAUCAAAGAGAUUUCUUAUUGGAAACUGUUCGUCAAAGAAAUCAUAAAGAUAUCAGUCCUGAAAUUAGAAGGGAGCUAUUGGCUGGUACUGCUCGUCAAGAUCCAUCUGCUGAAAAGGAAGAAGUUAUGACUGAUGUCUUUUAA